GAUCUAUCUUUAAAAAAGAAGGUUCUUGUUGAGUUUAUGGUCGGCUUAUAGUAUUCAUUAUUUUAUAACACGUGAGGUUGUAGUUUCUCGAAUUUUUUGUUAAAAGAUGGCUUUACACGUACCAAAAGCACCGGGCGUUGCCCAAAUGUUAAAAGAUGGUGCUCGUUACUUCUCCGGCUUAGAAGAAGCAGUAUAUAGAAACAUAUCUGCUUGUAAACAGUUUGCACAAACAGUGAGGACUGCGUAUGGUCCAAAUGGCAUGAAUAAGAUGAUUAUUAAUCAUAUCGAAAAAUUAUUUGUCACUAAUGAUGCAGCUACAAUUAUUAACGAAUUAGAAGUAGAGCAUCCUGCUGCAAAAUUGUUAGUUCUUGCAUCUAAAAUGCAAGAAGCAGAAGCUGGAGAUGGUACAAAUUUUGUUAUCAUAUUUGCCGGAGCUUUACUUGAAGCUGCAGAAGAACUUCUUCGUUUGGGUAUAACUACAUCCGAAAUAGUGGAAGGUUAUGAAGGAGCAUUAGAAAAAGCAUUAGAAAUUCUUCCUACUUUGGUUGUUCACGAAAUAAAAGAUCAUCAGAAUGAAGAAGAAAUGAAAGUUGGAAUCAAAACAUCUAUAAUGAGCAAACAAUAUGGAAAUGAAGAUCUUCUAGCAUCUCUUGUUAGCAAAGCAUGUGUAUCUAUUUUACCCGAAAAAACUACAUUUAAUGUAGACAAUGUACGUGUUUGUAAAAUACUUGGAGGUGGUUUAACAUCCUCUCAAGUAGUAAAUGGAAUGGUAUUUAAACGUCAAGUAGAAGGAAAUGUAACAAAACAAUCCAAUGCUAAGAUUGCUGUUUAUACUUGUCCUGUUGAUAUCACGCAAACAGAAACUAAGGGAACAGUAUUAAUAAAGAGCGCAGAUGAGUUGAUGCAAUUUUCACGUGGAGAAGAAUCUCUAUUAGAAACACAAAUAAAAGCAAUUGCAGCUACUGGAGCUACAGUUGUAGUAUCGGGUGGAAAGUUUGGUGAUAUGGCUCUUCAUUAUAUGAUUAAGUACAAUUUAAUGGCUGUUCGUAUACCUAGUAAAUUCGACAUUAGACGGUUAUCAAAAACUGUCGGAGCAACGGCUCUUUCAAAGUUAGUUGCACCAUCGAAAGAAGAAUUAGGAUAUGCUGAUUCUGUUUACAUCGAUGAAUUAGGAGACACUAUAGUAGUGAUCUUUAGAUUAGAUGGAAAAGAUAGUCGUGUUAGCACUAUACUUGUUAGAGGAUCUACAGAAAAUUAUAUGGAUGAUAUCGAGCGAGCAAUAGAUGAUGGCGUUAAUACUUUUAAAGGAAUUACAAGAGAUGGCAGAUUUCUUCCUGGAGCUGGUGCUACUGAAAUUGAGCUGGCUUCACAUCUUUCUUCUUAUGCCGAUACUUUGCCAGGUUUAGCACAAUAUGCAGCACAUAGAUUUAGUACGGCUUUGGAAGUAUUUCCAAAAACUUUAGCAGAGAAUAGUGGCAAUCAUGCAUCUGAAUUACUUUCUAAAUUGUAUGCUGCCCAUAAAGAGGGUAAAAAAACUUACGGAUUUGAUAUCGACGGUGAAGGUACUGCUCUUGUGGACACAGUUAAAGCAGGAAUUUUAGAUUUAUUCCUUACCAAGCAAUGGGCUCUUAAGUAUGCAGUGGAAGUUGCUUGUACUGUGCUUAAAGUUGAUCAAAUUAUUAUGGCAAAGCGUGCUGGAGGUCCAAAAGCACCACCUGGUGGAGUUCGUGAUGAUGAAGAAUAAUAAUUAGUAUCAAAUCUGAUUAAUAUUUUUCUGUUCUCUAUUCACAGAUGUAUUUUAGGAUGAAUUUAUGCAAAAAGUAAAAAAACUGUCUGAGUUCAUCCUUUUUUUAUUUUCUAUGCUUUGUUUAAUAUUUACUUUUUUCAAUUGUUCUAAAAUUUCAUUGGAAUAUAUAAUGUAUUUAUAUAAAAAUUUGUCCUUUUAUAUUUGUUAUACUUCAUUGAACAAUAUUUAUCUUAAAAUUCAUCUAUUAACUGAUUGUGAACAGAGACACAAUAAAUCAAUUGUAUUCAAAUGCUAUUAUCUUGAAAAAAUAUAAUUGUAACGGUUAUAACUUUACGGUAUCAUCAACCUCAUGUCAUUUCCAUUUCAAGAUUUUGUGAUACAUUUCUUGAAAGCUCACAGAUUUCACUCAUAAACAUUAACGUUUAUAUGGUUUUGUAUUUUCAUUCCGCAUUUACAUUCGCUUGAUUCUAGUGAUGUAUGGCUAAAAUAUUUAAUAAAAUUAUAUAAGCUAAUAUGUCAA